AUGAAUCCUAAGUCUCAGUACGGUUCCGUAGCCACGGAGGCGUACAGAAUUCUUGAUACGAAGUUACUGCAUAAUAAAAGUCUCCAGAUUCCUGCUUCAAUCGUGGACCGAUUGUCAACAGUCUCAUUUACGCCUGCAGAUACACCCCCGAUCAUCCCAACCCCGUGUAAGAUAUCGGAGUCUGCUUCUGCUCUAUGGGCUUUGGUUGGGCUGUUCAGUGCCAAAAUCUAUGAAGACAGAUAUGGGGCUGGCUCGCAGAAGGUUGAGGUCGAUGUUCAUCAAGUUACACUGUUCCCAUUUUCGGCAUUCUUACUGGAAAUAGGUGGUAAAGGGAUGUGGGACAUCAGUCUCCGAGACCGCACUCGUCAUAUGGAUCUCGGAAAUUUUAUGGAGCCUUACAGAGCUUUGGCUACGAAUGUGUACAAGGCUCGCGAUGGUCGUUUCUACCAUCUUCAUGGUGGUUUAAAUCAGACAGCGAUCUUGGAUAUGCUAGGAUUGCCUCAAACACGACCUGACCUCUCUGCGAAGGAUGCUGUCAUCAUCAAGGAAAUAUAUGCGAAGGCGAUCGCGCAACACGACAGCAGAUGGCUAGAUCUCGAAGCCAAUGAGUUCUGGCGCCAGGCAGGCACCAUCUGCUACACCGCCGAGGAGUUCAGGCAAACUCCACAUGGCAACGCUUCGGCGAACAGCCCGUUGUAUGAAAUCUACAACGUUCAGGAAGAUCUGCCAGCUACUGCGUGGCCUCCUGCUCAAGCUCACAAGAAGAAACCUUUAACAGGAAUUAAGGUGCUUGAUUUGACCCGAGUGAUUGCUGGCCCGACCAUAUCAAAGACUCUUGCUCUACUCGGCGCCGACGUGCUACGUAUCUCAUCCAAAACCGUGCCCGAACCCUCGAGCAUCAUCUUUGAUAUGCAAAUCGGUAAAAGAGAUACCAGCCUCAACUUGAAGUCGAAAGAAGGAAAGUUAGCUUUCCGAACCUUAGUUGAGGAAGCCGACGUUAUAAUUGAUGGCUACCGCCCUGGGGCGUUGGAGCGAAUGGGAUUCGGCCGUAAGUGGGUACAUGAAAUGGCGCGGAGGCGUGGAAAAGGAAUUGUUUAUGCAAGAGAAAACUGUUAUGGAUGGGUGGGCGAGUGGAGCCAUCGGUCUGGCUGGCAGCAGAUCAGUGACUGCGUAACUGGAGUUAGCUGGGAACAGGGCAAAUUCUUGGGAUUGGAUGAGCCGGUAGUGCCACUCCUACCAAAUUCAGAUUACCAAACUGGGGUGGUAGGAGCGGUCGCUAUCCUCCAAGCACUCGUGCAACGUGCAGAGACUGGUGGGGAUUACAACGUGGAUUUGUCGCUGAACCAAUUCAAUCUCUGGUACUUGGGUCUUGGUCUACACGAUGCUCACACGGGCCUCCAACUCCUUGACAAACACCCAAAUUUCAAACCACGACAUGAUAGUGAGGUUUUCCUGCUCCUCGACAUGACUAGACGAACAUGUACAGAGGCGACUGGAACGGAGAAGGGUGACUUGUUCGAUCCCGAUCGAUGGACAAAUGGAGAGAUCAACUGGGGUAUAGUUGGUGAGAAAGCGCGCUACCUUGACUGGACACGAUUUAUGACGUUUCAGUCUGCUUCUGGUGAGGAUGAUGAUCUUAUACUGUCCUUCGACCAUGGAUCUUGCCUGCCUGGGAGUCAUGAGCCCACGUGGUCGACUGUCUCAUAG